AUGAGUAAUAAAUCAUCAAGAUCAAAGAAAGAUAUUGAAUAUAAAGAAAAAGGGAACGUUUAUUUCAGCCACAAGGAUUAUAAAAAAGCAAUAGAAAGCUACACUAAAGCUAUUAAAAUAAAUCCUAACUCUCCAUCCUUGAUUGUUCAUUUUCAUAUAUUCAAGCAUCUCUAAUUAGACCAUAUAAUCGCUUCUAAUGCAAUUUUACUAUAUUUUAUAAUUAAUACUCUUUUCUAGAUUUGGAAAAAAAAUUAGCUUUAUUUUUUCUAGAAAUUUUUUAACACUCAUCUUUAGCAAUGGCUAUCGGUUCAAUCAAGAGGGGAGUAAAGAAUCAAUCUAUUUCUCUAAUAGAGCUCGGUGUCAUUACAUUCUAGAAAACUAUAGAAAAGUGCUAGCAGACUCUUCUAAAGCAAUUGACCUUAAUUCCUCCAAUAUCAAAGCAUAUAUAGUCCAUGCCCAAGCACAGGCUAAAUUAUCUCAAACUCUUAAUGAACUUUUUACCUCUCUCAAUUACUGCAAAUCAGCUUCCCUUCUUGCCAAAAAAACAGGCCAGUUUACUAUUCUUGACCAAUGCAAAGAAUUAAAGCACAAAAUAAAAGCGAUUCUCUAUGCAAAGCAGCAUGAAAUCAGAGAGCAAACCAUAUAUGAAUUAGAAAAAUAUUACACCCCUUUAAUUAGAAGAAGCCAAAUUUUUGAAAAAUUUAAAAAAUUCGUAAAGCACCAGCCUUACCAACAAAUUUCUGAAGGCUUAACCUGCCCGAUUUCGCUUUUAUUAUUCAAAGACCCCAUUACUACCACAAGCGGAUUUUCUUAUGAAAAAGAAGAGCUUUAUUUGCAUUUAACUAAGGUAGGAGGGUUUGAUCCUAUGACAAGGGAGCCAAUAGAGUAUAAGCACGCUAUUAAAAACCAUGUCCUGACAGCUGCAGUGAAAUAUUUUAAAUCUCAAAAUCCUUGGGCUUAUAUAGCUGAUGAGCCUUUGCCGUCUGUUGAAAUUAAUCUUUAG